UUUUUUUUUGUCCCUUUAAAGAAAAUAUGGUGUUUAGAGGAAGAAGUUCAGUAACAUGUGUAAUACCAACCAGAUCAGUGCCAGUUUAUCUUAACGUCUACGAUCUUACCUCCAUUAACGGAUGGGCUUAUUGGCUUGGCCUCGGUAUCUACCAUUCGGGUGUUCAAGUUCAUGGAGUUGAGUUUGGUGCAUUUGGAUCGCGAGAAAAUGCAAAUACUACCAAGAUAUACGAAGGGGCACCAAAACAAUGUGAAGGUUUUACAUUCAGGAAGCGGAUUUUAAUAGGAUAUACGGAUAUGAGUCUAUGGGAAGUUGAAAGAUAUAUGGACGAACUUACUCAAGACUACAAAGGAAUAUCAUACGGCCGAAUUACUAGAAACUGCAAUCAUUUUUGUAAUGAUGUUUGUCUGAGACUUACUGGAAAUCCAAUUCCUAGUUGGAUUAAUCGUGUAGCUAGAAUUGGUUUAUUGUGCAAUUCGGCUAAUUAAGGCAUAAUCCCCUGGAGUACAAGUUUGAACCAUAAGCUUUUGAAGUGCAACCAAUAUUUUCUCUUCUGUUAUUGUUUUUCAUCUUAAUCAUGCUUUGUAGAGUGAUGUUUUUCUUGUAAGGUAGGCCGGGCCACUUUUGCCGAGAGAGUGCAACCCGAACAUGCCGCGAAAUUUUUUUUACUUAAUUUAAUGUAAUUUUUA